CUGGAAUCCUCUCACCCCUCCUUUGAAAGCUCACCCAAUCCUUCAGAAAGCAAAGCACAGAAUAAAGUACAAAUGCUGCUGGAAGCAAAGCCAGUUUCCAAACAAAGACCUGACUAACUCCGAUCCCCAGAUUCCCCUUCUGUCCUUUCUCCUCCCCCUCUACGAUCAACUUUUAACAAGCUCCCAAUCAAAACGAGAGAGAGAGAGAGUUUAGGGUCCGAUGUCCUGCCCGGCGAAGGCGUUCCACUACAAUGGGACGCUGUGCGCCUGCGAGCCGGGGUAUUAUUACAUGGCGAACGGGAAUUGCGUCCUCUUCGAGGUCCCGGGGGGCGGCGGAAAUUGGGAGGUGAGCUCCGGGAUCGCGCCGGAGCCGACCUUCCUCAUGACGGUGCUCCCCCUCGAGAACAUCAAGCGGUUUACCCAGUCUCAGGCCGUGCUGCUCGAGGCCACCCUCGUCGUGCUCGUCCUUUGGCUCGCCUUCUGCUUGGCGAUCCGAUUCGGGAAGGUGGACGGCGGUAAGAGCAUCUGGUUUCGGCUUCGAUGGUGGAUCAGUCGCCUUGAUUUCUUCUUUGAUACAAAGCAUUGGCUGGAUGACCAAAAGGUGGUAGUGAAGAGGAAAACGGAGCUGGGGGGAACAUUUUCUGUAGCCAGCUGGAUACUAUUUGUUGGUCUAUUAUCAGCAUUGCUAUACCAGGUUAUCACCAAAAGAAGUAUUGAGGUGCAUAGGGUCAGACCAGCUAAUGCUCCAGAUCUGCUAUCAUUUGUCAAUGACUUGGAAUUUAAUAUAACCACGAUUUCUAGCAUGAGUUGUACACAAUUACGUGGUCUUGAUACCUUGGUAAUUGGCACUCCAGGUUUCAUUGACUACAGAGUCUUCCCUCUUUCAACCUAUGUAAGUUAUAAUUGCCAAAACACAAGCAGGGGUCCAACUAUUUCUCUUAAAUGCAACAGUUGUCAGAUUCCUCGAAGAAACCAUUACAUUUCAUGGCAAUUUGUGGACCUUCCAAAUGAUCCUGCCAUUGCUGUUGGUUUUCAGUUCAAUCUUACAGCAAAGGAUCAUGGUGAUGACAGACAUGUGAGUUUUGUUAGUGGUACAAUGAAAUCAGAGAGCUAUACAAACAAUAAGCCGAAAACUUUCAGGGGCCCAGAUUUGAAUAUAUUGAAAAUUCAUUUGUUCCCUCAGGCAUAUCAUAACAAGCAUAACUUAAAACUCAUACAGCCAUUGCUUCAUGAUUUCAUUCCUGGGUCAUCUUUUUCGGAGGCUAGUGAUCUCCAAGUCUCUCUUCAAACUCCCAAGGAUGGAUUGAUCAAUACUACACUGUAUAUCAGCUAUCUUUCUGAUUAUAUCAUGGAGAUUGACCAUGAAAAUGUUAUGAGCCCUGUGAGUUUCCUUGCGGAUGUUGGUGGUCUUUAUGCAAUUAGCCUUGCAAUUUUCCUUUACUCACUGUUGCAAUGUGAGGCCAGGAUAAAAAGACUGCAUUAUGAGGAUAAUGUAAUGCGAAAUAUUCGAAGUCGGAGACGUGCUCAACGAAAUUGGGAUAAGUUAAGGAAAUAUGUUAUGUACACAUGGGGCCCAAGCAAUUUGGAUGGCAAUAACACAAGCAGCAAAAGAUACACACUCCAGGGAAUUGGAUCCUUACACAAAAAAAGGCAGCCAAGUAGAAAUACUUCAUGUCUUGACAAAAAUUUUGGCAUUCCUGAUGAAAUGAAUGUUGUACCGAUGGCUGUCCUAACUGAAAGAGUCAAAUCAAGUUUAGCAGGUAGUAUGGUGAAUUCUGAUGGUACAAUCCCAGAUUCAAGAGGUGAAAGGCUUCUUAAGGUCCUGGGACAGGAAAUGCUUGAUGUCAGAGUUGAAGGACAAAAUCAAAGAUCAAAUGAUUUGUGCACGGGAAGCACCUCACAACCUCAAUAAAUUGUCGCAACAAUAACAAAUAGCUCUCACUUUACCCUGCUUUCAAGUGGCUUCUCUCUCGGAAUGGUGACUCUGUUGCAGUUUGGUCUAAUGAAUGAUAUGACACUACAACAUCUGAUCCUUACCAUCCACAAUCCGUUUAUGGUAUUUCUCAUAUAUCAAGACUCAAGUCCUCUUUAAGACAUUAAGUUUUGAGCUCCAUAAUGUAGCUAGGCUUUGGCACAUGCUCUCUUAGCAUUAGAAAUAUGGAAGACAUCAUAUAAACUAGCUAGUGUUGGUGGCAGAGCAACUCUAUAAGCUACCUUACCGAGUCUUUUUAAUAUCUCAAUGGACCUACAGACCUAGCACUUAACUUGCCUUAAUUUCCAAACCUCACAAUAUCCUCUAUAGGUGACACUUAAUACAUGAUCACCCAUCUAAAACUCUAGUUUCUGCCUCCUCACAUCCACAAAGGUCUUCUAUCUACUCUGACCCAUGUAAAGUCACUCUCUAAUUAAUUGAAUCUAUUCCACUACAUGUUGUACAAGCUCAAGUCCUAACAACCUCUCACCUACAUGAGCCUAAUAGAUAGGUGAUUGACAUUUUCUUUCAUAUAAUGCCUCAUAAGGUGCCAUUUGAAUGCAAGUCUGGAGCUAUCAUUACAAGCAAAAUCCAUCAGAGGUAGAUGCUAAUUAUACAAUCCUUUCAAAUCAAUAUAGCACGUGUUCUCAAUAUAUCCUCCAAGAUUUGAAUAGUCCUUUUUGACUGACUAUCGGCCCAUGGGUGGAAAGUAGUAUGGAAGUUUAGCUUAGUCCCAAAAGCCUUAUUCAAGGUCUUCAACAAUUGCAAUACAAAUCUAGUAUCACUAUCUUAUAUAAUGGUUAUAGAAAUGCCGUGCAGCUUCACAAUUUCUUUUAUCUAUAUUCUAAUUUUUGAGACUAAGACCAACUUUGAUAGGUAGAAAGUAUGCAUACUUCAUCACUUUGUCCACAAUCAUCCAACUACAUUUGCACUAGGAGUUGGGUAACUUAGAUAAAAAAUCCAUACGACUUCCACAUUGGAAUGUCAAGAGGCUAAUGGUCCUAUUAGCCUUGAGUUCUCUGUUUUAACCUAUUGACAUACUAAGCAUUGAGCCACAAACUAAGUAGUCAGCCUCUUCAUGUUAUUGGACCAGUAUGAGGGAUGGCAAUGGGUUGGGUAUGGGUCAGGUUAGCUAAUAUCCGUACCCGCCUCGCAAUUAAAAAUUUCAUAUCCAUACCGGCUUUGUACCCGCCUUGAAUUGGGUCAAAUAGAGGUGCAGAUCGGAUCCGGUCGGAUAAAUAAGAGGGAUCAGGUCGGGUUGGGUGAGGAAUAUAUCAUGUAAAUAUUAUAAAAUAAUUAUAAUUGUGAAAAGGGGAUUUAGAUUAAGGUUAUAUUAGGUUGGAUUUAGGAUGGGGCGUAGUAUUAUCCAUACCCGAUCCAAACUUGCUUUGGAUAUUUUUUUUCCUAGAAUCCAUAUUCAUCUCGGAUUUUAAUCAAAUCGGAUAAAAUCCACCUCAUUCUGAUCGGGUCGGGUACUUGAUGGGUUGGUGAAAAUUGUCAUCCUAGUACAAUGCCUUCAAAUCUUUUAUACAUUUUAGAACCUCCAGUGUAUACUAGUAUCUUGUUUGAUGAGUUUCUUAAAAUCUUGCUAUUUAAUUUUGAAUCCAUUUGGCACAGCCUAUUCCCAAAUCUCAAAGAACCAUCCUCAUGGCUCCAAAAUUUAGACUGAUCACCUAACUCCAUUGGAUUUUGGAUCCUUAACAGUUGAGGAUCAUUAUUUUGAGCAAUUUUAAUUCUUGCAAUUAGUGUAGGCUAGACUUGAGAGCUAGCCUAUGAAAGAUUAGUGUUCUGUAAGGCAAUCAUAUAGAUAAUGUGAUGGAAUUUUUUUGUGUUAUCUUCUUACUCAUGUACAUGAUAUUGAUUAUUUGAUAAUAAUAAGAGGCAUUGUGUUUCAUCAUAUACGAUAUCUUAUUUCGUUUAUGACUUAAUUAAGAUUAUAAUGAACCCCAUAGAUUAGGGCAAUGACUUUAGGACCAUCAUGAGAUCAUGCUAGUGAGACU